CAUCUUUUUCUUCCUUCACAUUUCUCAUCCUCCUCUUUCUCUCUUUGUGGUUGUUGGGUUUUCGAAUUGGUGAGGAGGGGAGUUCUCCUCCCCCAUCUCUGAAAGGGAUGUCGAGGAGUGGCCACACCUGCUGGUUCAUGAAUACCCACGGGAUUGCGCGUUUCGUAUUAUCUAUGUUACUCACGGCAUGAUAAUAGAGCACAGGACCGAGGGUUUGCAUGCGCUAGGAGAUGUUGUUUCACUUCCAUCCUUUUGGCUUGGGGUGAAGGGAGCUCCCCUCUCCCUUUCUACACUACUCUACUCCAUUCUCUUCCUCUUCUCCUACAUUUUCCUCAGCUACGGUGUUGGUUUAUUGCGGCAAUGACUCCAAUUCAAAAAUUUCUCGACGUUUCGAGAAUGUCGCGUCCCACAUUUCCUCUGUGGUGUUCUUAUAUUAUUCAAUUUAGAUGCAUCAUUUACCCACAAAAUUAAUGUUUCGAUGUGACAACGUGCAACAAUUUUCAAAAUCGAAUUCACAACCUCUGCAUGAUAGAAUUUUUUCGUCUGGAAAAUGUUUCACCAUACAUUUCCUUCAUUUUGUACAUAUAUUAUUUAGGUUUCACCUUACAUAUGCAUUUCCUUUUCAUGUACAAAGUAGCCAUUUUUCAAUUGACAUUGCAUUUUCCAGGAAUCUGCCUUGCAUUUUCCCCAAGAAAUGAAGGAAAUCGAGAGUCGACAUCAUUUAAUCAAUGUCAAGAGGAGAGGAAUCAGAAAGCAACACUGAGUUAUGGAGUUGCUCAAACGAUGACAGUUUAUCGCAAUGCGAAGAAGGACGAGUAGGCAAAACAUAGAGGAAGAAGAACAAAUUCUAAUACCAACAUUGGAUCAGUGUUCUUACCAAUUAACUCAUGUUUCUAUAUGUCUAAUAAUAUUAUUAGUUUUUCUUCCCACUUUCAUCAUCUGUUUCUUUGUUUUUGCAAAUAUAUGUAAUCUUUGUUUGACGAUUUCAAUGGUAGAAGGAGGAGAAGAUCUUCUAUCCUUUGCCUUGGUUUUGUGUUCGCCUCAAGUAUUGUGACAAAAGAAAGGUUUUUGGGCUGUUUCUUGUCCUUGGUUUUGGAGUGCACAUUUUAUUAUUAGAAAACUAGAAAUGGAUUUUAUUCUAAUUUGUUUUGUUUCUUUAUGAAUAUCAAUUCAUAUGAUUAUCUUUUGUCAAAAAAAAAAAAAAUCAAUUCAUAUGAAUCUUUAAUAAAAGAAAAUAAAUCAUAUUAAGCUCGCCUAAGAUUGAAAUAAACAAGCAUGAAGAACAUAUACUACAAAAUAAUCGACUGACCGAAUUACGAGAGCCCACAAAUUACACGUUAUUAAACAAACAAACAAACAAACAAGUAAGUAAGCAAACAACACCGCCGACUAGCUUAGGUCACUGCACCAUUUUAUGGCGUCGACUUAGAAUUCACCUAUGAGGUGCUCAAUAAGUUAUGUCCUCUAUGAUGCAUUUGGUAAUUCCCACGUCGCAUUAAAAGUCUAUAGUUUUGGCAAGUGAAAGUUGUUCGUAUAGUUUUUGGAACGUGUUUGUGGACGCUUUUUGUAUUCUUUCGAUGAUUUUAGUGAACCUUCUUAUCAUUCUAUUAACAUGAGUACAUAACUAUCCAUUUAGUAACACAAUAACUUUUUUUAUCGAAAAGUUGAUCAGUUAUCAACCACCGCAUGAAGGACACGUGUCUCUCGCUAUUGGAUACUCUUUCUGGGCCCAUAAGCCCACUUUCAAGGGCUUGCUUCGCUUGUAAAUCCAAAGGACCUGAAUGGGCCCAAAGGUGGGGGAAGUCCAGGUCAAUCAAACGAGUAGAGAGUCUUUGCACAUGUGUCACCCAAAACGGUGCGUUUUAACUGGGUGCCGCCAAAACGGUCCGGCGCGCUUCCCUUCUGAAUGUUCAAUCGAUAUUUGCACCAGUUAUCUCUUCCGGCGGAAAUUCACCCAAGCUGUUCUCUGUAAUUCGCUGUCUUCAUCAGCUGGCUGCAGUGACGGCGGUGGAAUUCGGGGGAGUUCUCUUCUUCAGCCGCCGUUUCUGAUUAAAAUGCACGUUUUGAUAUCGGCGUCAGCUACCAAGCUCAGCUCCAAAUUUGUCUACUGGAAUCCUUUCUUUCAAGACGGUUCCUUAUCCAGAAUCCGCCUCCCCACAGGUUUGGGAGUGGAGAGAAAGAAACAUGAAAAGAAUAGGUUUGUUUCGCUAGUGGCGAAAUCCCAAACGAGUGUGGAGACGCAACAAGGGCCUCCUGGUAGAAUAGGGCCUAGAAAGGGAGGUAGGGAUUUUAUACUGAGUGAAGGGAGGGAUGAGGAUGAGAAGCAUGGCCCUAUUUGUCCUGGAUGUGGAGUGUUUAUGCAGGAUAUUGAUCAAAACCUACCUGGGUAUUUCCAACCCAGGAGAGUCAGUGCUGUUGAAUUAGAUGAAGUUGAGGAAGAUGAGGAGGUGGGUAUUGGAGAUUAUGCAGAAAGCUCCGAUUUUGAGGAAGAAGAAGAAGGAGGAGAGGGUGAAGAGUUGGCGGGUGGGGUCGAGUUGGAUGUGGACUAUGACGAACUUGAUGCAAUGUUGAAUGCUAAUGAGGAUGAUUUGGAUUUGGAUGGUUUCGUCCCGGCUGGUAUAGGGUACGGGAACAUAACUGAGGAGGUGGUGGAGAAAGAAACGAGAAGAAAGGAGCUGAAGAAGGUUUCCAAAGCAGAGAGGAAAAGGAAAGCCAGGGAAGCUCACAGGGACAAAGAUGAGGUCACCGUAUGUGCAAGGUGUCAUUCUCUCCGGAACUACGGUCAAGUGAAGAACCAGACGGCGGAGAAUUUGAUACCCGAUUUCGAUUUUGAUAGGUUGAUUUCAACCAGGUUGAUAAAGCCUACAGGGAAUUCCAACGCAAGUGUUGUGAUUAUGGUUGUUGAUUGUGUCGACUUCGAUGGCUCAUUCCCUAAACAAGCAGCCAAAUCCUUGUUUGAGGCACUAGAAGGAGCUAGAGCUGAUCUUAGAGCAAGCAAAAAGCUGCCUAAGCUUGUUCUGGUGGCUACAAAGGUUGAUCUCCUUCCAACACAGAUCUCACCCACUAGAUUGGACAAAUGGGUGAGGCAUCGUGCUAGGGCAGCUGGAGCACCUAAGCUGAGUGGGGUCUUUUUGGUUAGCUCGCGUAAGGAUCUUGGCGUGAAGAACUUGCUGUCGUUUGUGAAGGAAUUGGGUGGUCCUCGUGGGAAUGUGUGGGUUAUUGGUGCUCAAAAUGCUGGUAAGUCUACACUGAUAAAUGCGCUUGCAAAGAAAGGAGGAGCUAAAGUUAGCAAGCUUACGGAGGCUCCUGUUCCUGGUACGACUCUCGGGAUUUUGAGGAUUGGGGGGAUUUUGUCAGCCAAAGCAAAGCUGUAUGAUACUCCAGGUCUUCUACAUCCAAACCUGAUGACAAUGAGAUUGGACAGAGAUGAACAAAAGAUGAUUGAGAUACGGAAGGAGUUGCAGCCUCGAACUUAUAGGGUAAAAGCUGAGAAUGCGAUUCAUAUGGGAGGCCUGGUGAGACUGGACCUUAACCAUGCUUCUGUAGACACAAUCUAUAUCACAGUUUGGGCAUCACCAAACAUGUCUCUUCACAUGGGAAAGUUGGAAAGUGCAGAUGAGUUCUACAGUAACCAUGUUGGUGUUCGGUUGCAGCCACCAGUGGGCAAAGAACGAGCGAGUGAGCUGGGGGAAUGGGAGACAAGGGAAGUCAAGGUUAGUGGCAGCAGCUGGGACACAAACAGCAUCGAUAUUUCAAUAGCUGGGUUAGGUUGGUUUUCGGUGGGUCUUAAAGGCGAAGCUACACUGACCCUGAGAACGUACGACGAGGUCGAGAUCACACUGAGAGAGCCAUUGGUUCUUGACCGAGCGCCUUUCCUGGAGAGGCCUGGGUUUUGGCUACCAAAGGCUAUAUCAGAUGCCGUUGGUAACCAGACGAGGGUUGAAGCCAAGAAGAGGAAACAACUCGAAGAAGAUGAAGAAGAAGAGCAGAGCUUGGAACUUGUUCAUGAGAUGGCUUCUUAGACCUCCCAGUUCAAAUAGCUGAUCUUCUUGAUACUGACAAGUUAAAAACUUGCUGCAUUGCCAUUUGUCAAAGAGGAGUUCGUCUCCGAAAUGUCCUUAGACAGCCAAGAUUCUUCGGCGAGGCCCUUUCACAGAGACAAUUGCAUUUGUCAGGAAAAGGACAGAGAGAAGGAUAAAGGAAGAGAAAAGGAUGUUGGGAGGGAAAACCAUUCUAGGCAAUGACUUCCAAUCAGGUUGAUGGUCAAAUGGCUUCCAUAGGCUGAUCCAACUUCUGUUAGAAAAUGCAUAACUUAUGUAGCAGACAGCAGAUGUAAUGUACGAUGUAUCUAUCAUUGAGAGUGGCCAGCACUUUCCUCUUUGUUUCUGUUUGCGGAGUCGUCAAUGAGCUGGGCCGUUCCCUGUGGGGUUUUGUAUUUUAAUGAUCAUAGGAUCCUACGACCGUCGACCGGCAUCCAAUGGGCCGUGCCAACCAACGCUGAAUUCAGUUUAUUCCUUACUUCCUUUCCUCCCACUGCUGACAGAAAAGGAAACGAAAGCAUAGCUGUUGCCUGCCCCAUGUGCCGGUCGCUAGCCGUUGGUGGCGUCAAAAAGACAUAAGAGAGUGCCAAAGUAACUAAUGAAAGCAAAAGUCGUGAACCCAUCAAUUGAUUUGAUUGAUUGAAUGGAUGGAACAACAAUUAAUGAUAAGCACUCAUUCUCGAAUGAAAUGCCAUUUCAUAAGAGAGAGGAGGUAGGUAAGUCUGUCCGAAACUUGGCGAAACCAACACUGCUCAACUUUUGAAGAUUGCGUAGUGACUUUCGAGAUGCAAUGGUGUUGGACGAAGUACAAAAUACAUCGAGCUUGGGAGAGCGUUAGCAUGGACUUCUUCAAGUAGAUCAUGGAUCCGUCAUGGUGUGUUCUUCCUGCAACAAUGCACAUCUUUCAUGGCUGUAUCACUGGACCUCAAGCCGUUGAGAUCACAGGAGGAAUCCAAUGCGAUGAAAUGCCCUUCUUGAACAAGGUGGAGAAAAGGAGACUCAAAGAUGACAUUCUAAGCUGCUUUCCCGUUAAGGGUGGAAAUAACUUUACGUUUCUCAU